AUGGCAGAAAGACUCUGCAGCAAAUCGUUUUUUUCUUUUUCGCUCAUUUGCUUCCCCUUCAGACGCAAAAAGUUUAUUGCUUCCUCUGAGCAGCAGCAGCAGCAGCAGCAGCAGCAGCAGCAGCAGCAGCAGCAGGAACAAGAGCCGCAGCGUGAGGCGCUCUUAGCAGCAGCAGCAGCAGCAGCAGCAGCAGCAGCAGCAGCAGCUCCUUCUAUUCUUAACAAUAUGCUUCUAUGCAGCCGUGAGAAGGCUGGCUAG